GCCCCGGAGCUACGACGGGCAUGAAGAUAUGUUACAAUAAACGUGCAGACUGCAUCGACAAUUUUCGGCAGAGCCGCAGCUUCGAAAGCUCGAAAAACGAGACGACACACGACCGACUCCUUCGGAAACCCUAGCACUCGUAGAAUUUCGCGCGCGAUGUAAAAGCUACGUACGUACGUACGUCUGGAUGACGCUACGUGGUAUAUAUCUCUCUACUGUGCCGCUAUACACACUACAUCCGCUGCUUGAUCCGCCGAAACAGGAUUAAAAAAAGAAAAAAAAAAGAAGAAGAAGAAACCUCAGCAAGUCGAGAGCUUCCGCGGCUCGGUAUAUAAAACGGCCUCGCGGCUCACGCGCGCAACGCAGUCGACCGAGAAUCGUCGUCGCGCGCACGUUUCUAUAUACAUUAUUUAUAUAAUUGUUGUAAUAUAUAUAAUAAAUAUAACGACGUCAUCAUGGUGGUGAAUUUCAAGGUGUUUAAAAAGUGCUCGCCCAACGGCAAGCUGGCCAUCUACCUGGGCAAGCGCGACUUCAUCGACUAUCUGUCGGGGGUCGAGCCGAUCGACGGCGUCGUCCUCCUCGAUCAGGGCUACGUCGACACCCAGCGACGCGUCUGGAUCCAGCUCGUCUGCAGCUUUCGCUACGGCCGCGAGGAGGACGAGGUGAUGGGCCUGAACUUCCAGAAGGAGCUCUACCUCGCCUCGGAGCAGCUGUUCCCCCCGCCUGCGCGCAAGACCGAGCGCAACUUCACCAAGCUGCAGGAGCGCCUGAUACGCAAGCUCGGCCCGAACGCGGUGCCGUUCACCUUCGAGUUCCCGGCGACGUCGCCGUCGAGCGUCACCCUGCAGCCGGGCCCGGACGAGCACGGCGAGCCCUGCGGCGUCACCUACACGAUCAAGGUGUUCGCGGGAGAGAGCGAGACCGACGUCGGCCACAAGCGCAGCAGCGUCGCCAUGGGCAUACGCAAGAUCCAGUACGCGCCGACCAAGCAGGGCCGCCAGCCGUGCACCGUGGUGCGCAAGGACUUCCUGCUGAGUCCGGGCGAGCUCGAGCUCGAGGUCACCCUCGACAAGCAGCUCUAUCAUCACGGCGAGCGCAUCGCCGUCAGCGUGGCGGUGCGCAACAGCAGCAACAAGGUCGUGAAGAAGAUCAAGGCCCUGGUGCAGCAGGGCAUCGACGUCGUCAUCUUCCAGAACGGCCAGUUUCGCACGGUCAUCGACGCCGUCGAGUCCCAGGACGGCUGCCCCAUCAAUCCGGGCUCGAAUCUCCAGAAGGUGCUCUACCUGCAGCCCCAGAUCGAGCCCAACAGGGCGCGACGCGGCAUCGCCCUGGACGGCCUGCUCAAGGGCGAGGCGGGGGAGCUGGCCUCGAGCACGCUCCUGACGUCGCCCGACGUGCGCGACACCUUCGGCAUCGUCGUCUCGUACGCGGUCAAGGUCAAGCUGUAUCUCGGCGCGCUCGGUGGCGAGCUGUCGGCCGAGCUGCCCUUCAUACUGAUGCGGCCGAAGCCCGCCACGGAUCGGCUCAAGGUCGUCAGCACCGACGACAGGCUCCACAUCGAGGACGUGCACCAGCAGCAGUACCAGCAGGACGAGAAGAAGGAGAAAUAUUGAAUUGUUUCUAGAUAGGCACUUCUUUUGUAUUUCGAGUUAUGAUGCCGCCGCAGCUACUUUCUCGUAUUAUGCGCGCGUUGUUGUCGUGUCGUUGCUCGCUACGCGGAACAUAGCAGCAUGUACUUUUUUUUUUUUUUUUAAAUCUUUGGCAAUUGUGCGCGAUGAAUUUUUAAUCCGGGGUUGCACACGAGAACGUAUACAUACGGUGCGGCGUAACGCUUUUUUCAUCGUGAAAUUGAGCAAGCGGUUUGACUUUCGUUGAUUAUACAGACGAUGAUCGAUCGGUAAAGUCAAUUUUGUCCAACUCUCCUGCAAUUACUUUCACGCUUUCGUUUUGCAUUUUUAUCGCUCUAGUUUUCUCUAUAUAUUGUGAUAAUCGAAUUCAUGAAAGCUUUUUCUUCCACGACGGGGUAAAAAAAUAAAAUAAAAUAAAAUAAAAAACUGGUGAACGGGUAAAGAAUUAUAUUUUAACGAGGAAUAUAUAAGUUAGUUAAGCGUUAAUGAAUUUUUCGAAGCUUUUUAUGCAUCUGGGAGAAGGAGUUUGUAAAAAAAAAAGAAAAGUAAUAAUAAUCCAAUUUACCGUAUUACACGUAAAUUGCGUUUGCUUCGUCGUUGCGUCGACGAAGGCAAGUCUCUCGCGUAGGCGCUCUAUUGUAAUUAUAUUUUAUUUAGAUCAAUUUUAAAUAAAACAAAAUCUAGGUUGUAUCAUAUUAUAAUACUUGUAACGAUUAUUAUUUAUUUAUUUAUUGUAAAAAAAAGAAGAAAAAACACAAGAGACGAAGAGGCAGAUUAUACACACGACAUAUUACUGGAAUAAUAUGUGAUAUUUCAAUAAACAAUUACAGAGAAUUAA